AUGGUUGUGAAAUUGGGAGGAGCAUUCUGCAACAUCCGGGAGAUAAAUACUUCGGCUGAGCUGCAGCGGUACUUCAAUGAUUUUACGAUAUAUAAUGUGGCGGUUGACUUUACAGACCCCGACCACCCUCAGGUGUACAUGCACCAUACGCCGGGCGAGCUAUGUCACGCGUUAAUUCAAAUGCUGCCGACCUUGAGCGAGCAGGCCCGGAUAUAUCUUCAUGAUUAUAGUGAAUUUGAGCUGAAUGAGAUGGUCCGGGAUGAGAAUACAGCGCAGGUCCAGCUUGACAUCAUGCGAUUGAGAGCCAAGAUACUAGGAUUGAUCAAGGAUGACAAAAAAUAG